AUGUCAGCUACCAGAUCCAGAGAUAAUUCUGUUAAAAGGAAAAAUGUCCAAGUUGUUGUUAGAGUCAGACCGUUAAGCGAAUCUGAACGUUUUUCUGGCAACAAAAACAUCGUUUCGUGUGACUUUGGAGGAAAGACUGUUUCACUCAAAAAUGUCAAUGCUUCAGAUUCUUUACGCUUUAUUCAAGGACAAAAAUGUUUUGGAUCUUAUGAUAAAGGCGUUCUAGCUCCGCUCAUGAAAGAAGUUCUUAAUGGUUAUAAUUGCACGGUGUUUGCUUAUGGCCAAACCGGAAGUGGAAAAACGUUUACAAUGGAAGGGCGGCAUGAUGACUCUAACGACUACACGUGGAACACUGAUCCAACGGCCGGAAUCAUCCCUAGAGCCCUUCAACAAAUAUUUUCUGAACUUGGAGUGGAUAUAGAUUACACUGUGCGCGUCAGUUUUGUGGAGCUCUACAAUGAACAAAUUUUUGAUUUGCUCAGUCGAAGCGAGAACUCUCAAUUGGAAUCUUUGAGAAUUUUUGAUGAUAAAGAAAAGGGAGUGUCAAUCAUUGGUGCUGAAGAGGUUAUAGUCCUUUCGCUAAAGGAAGUUUAUGAUUUGCUCAGACGUGGAGCUGAGAAGCGCCGUACAGCCACAACUCUUAUGAACAUGACUUCUAGCCGUUCUCACUCUGUUUUCACUAUUUCUGUUAUGAUUCGAGAACCUGGACUUGUAGACGGGGAAGAGUUGCUUCGACAAGGCAAACUUAACUUGGUGGAUCUCGCUGGCUCCGAAAAUAUUGGACGUUCUGGAGCGACAGAUAUUAGAGCUAGAGAAGCGGGAAAUAUCAACACAAGUUUAUUAGCACUUGGACGUGUAAUCAAUGCAUUGACUAUGGGCUCUUCACACAUUCCUUAUCGUGAAAGUAAGCUGACUAGAAUAUUGCAAGACUCCUUGGGUGGUAAAACAAUCACAACAAUUAUUGCAACGAUAUCUCCAGCUUCUUCAAAUUUUGAGGAAUCUGUUAACACUUUGGACUAUGCUCAGAGAGCCAAAAACAUCAAAAACAACCCAGAAGUUAAUUUACGAAUUACACGAAAGGGUCUUCUUAAAGAAUACAAAGAUGAAAUUGAUAGACUUCGUCGUGAUCUUCUAGCUGCUAGAGAGGAAAAAAGGGCAUUUUUGGACCAGGAAAAAUCAAGUUCUUCUGUUCAAAAAGGCCCUGAAAUCUCUUCUGAAAAAUCAAAUGAACCUUCCACUUCAGAAAAUUCUGCUGAAAUUCAAAAAGGGAAGGUAGCUGAAAUACGGGAGAAAUUGCAAAAUGGAGCCCAAUCUGUUGAUGCUAUUCGCUCUUUAGAACAACAAUUAACUCAAAUAAAAGAAUUGCAAACAUCCACACAAUUGGAACUUGAAGAAAUUCGAAAGCGUGAAUUGGCUUUAAUAAAUGAAAAUACUUUGUUACGACAAAAUUUUGCUGAAUGUUUACAAAAAGCAGAAAAUGGCGAAAAGAAGGUUGAGGAAAUCAAGCAAAAACAGCUCGAAAAUAAUAAAUUUAUCUUGGAAGAUUUAAGAAAGAAAUUGGCGGCAACAGAAUGUCAGCGAGAUAUUUUAAAUAAAGAAAAUGGCAGAUUAAGAGACCAACUUGACAAUGUCAAUAAAAAUUGUGAAGAGAAGGUCGAACAAAUCAAGCAGGUUCAACGUAGAAGUGAGUCGUGUGACAAACUACAAUUAGAUCGUUUACAAUUUGAAUUGGAUUCAAAUAAUAAAAAAUAUGAAGAAGCAAAAACAACGCUUGUAGAGUUGGAUGCACAAUGUGAAAGAUUAAUGCAAAAACUUCAAAAAUGUGAAUUUGAACGUAAUUCUUAUAAAGACGAUUAUGAACGAAUGAAAGCAGAAAGUGGAAAAUUACGUUCAGAAAAUUCAGAAUUUCGUAAAUUACAAAGUGAGAAUUUGUCGUUAAAAAGUAAUGAAAAAUGUUUGGAAAGAAAAAUUGUUGAGUUGGAGCUUCAACUUAAAAAAUCUCGUUCUACCGUUCUUAAAGAACCUGAAAUUUUGACUUGUGAAAAAUUAAACGAACCUUUCACUUCACAAUUUGAUGCAAUUAAGAAGGGAAAAGUAGCUGAAAUACGGGAAAAAUUGCAAAAAGGAGCCCAAUCUGCUGUUGAUAUUCGCUCUUUAGAACAACAAAUAAAUCAAAUGAAAGAAUUACAAACAUCCACACAAUUGGAACUUGAAGAAAUUCGAAAGCGUGAAUUGGCUUUAAUAAAUGAGAAUACUUUGUUAAGACAAAAUUUUGCUGAAUGUUUACAAAAGGCAGAGAAUUUUAGAGAUCAAUUUAAAGCUUCAAAUGAAGAAAAUGACAAAUUAAAAUUAGAAAUGAAAAUUGCGGAGGAAAAGAAGGUUUGGAAAAGGGGAUUUGUUUAA